AUGGCGGACAUAAGCGAUGGAAAGCCUAGUUCUUCGGACGAAAACGGCCACGUCGAGAGCUCGGACGAAACCCUGUCACCCACGUCUGUAAUCUACUUCAACGAGGCUCUGAGCUCGUCCAGCGUGAGGUUCGGUUCGCCCCAGUCUCUGUCGCCCACCACGCUGCGACGUGAGAAUGACUUCCAGAUCAAGAAACCCGAGUCCAGGAUCAGGAAUCCCAAAGACCCCAUCGCGAUCGAGAGGCUGAAUCUCAUGAACAUGGCCAAACUGAGCAUCAAAGGCCUCAUCGAGUCGGCUCUGAACCUCGGACGGACGCUGGACUCCGACUACGCUCCUCUGCAGCAGUUCUUUGUCGUGAUGGAGCACUGUCUGAAGCACGGCUUGAAAACCAAGAAGACAUUCCUUGGUCAGAACAAGUCAUUCUGGGGAGCGCUUGAACUGGUCGAGAAGUUGAAUCCUGAAGCUGGAGAGAUUACAGCCAGUGUGAAAGACCUCCCCGGACUCAAGACACCGUUGGGACGAGGGCGGGCCUGGUUACGGCUGGCGCUGAUGCAGAAGAAGCUCUCUGACUACAUGAAGACCAUCAUCAACAGGAAGGAUCUGCUCAGUGAGUUCUACGAGUCCAACGCUCUGAUGAUGGAGGAGGAGGGGGCUGUGAUCGCUGGGCUGCUGGUCGGGCUCAACGUCAUCGAUGCAAACCUUUGUAUGAAGGGAGAAGACCUGGACUCCCAGGUCGGAGUGAUCGACUUUUCCAUGUACCUAAAAGACGGCGCGACCACGAGUAAGAGCGCAGAGGGUGACGGCCAGAUCACCGCCAUCCUCGAUCAGAAGAAUUAUCUAGAAGAACUAAACAGACAUUUAAGUGCAUCAGUUUUUAACCUCCAGGCCAAAUCAGAAGUCUUGGAAAAAUCAAACGCACGACUUACAGAAGAGCUCGCCGUGGUCAACAACCGGUUCAUCACUUUACAAGAAGAAGUGGAAAGAGUAAAAGAAGAGAGUUCGCAACAGUUGGAGUCCAGAAAGGCAGUAAGAAGUGACUCCGCGAACGGUCAGGCCCUCGGGGAAUCUCGGAAGCAGCUCAAAGAGGAAACGCAGCUGCGAUUGGACGUGGAGAAGGAGCUGGAGGUGCAGAUCGGCAUCAAACAGGAGAUGGAGCUGUCCAUGAAGAUGCUGGAGAAGGACGUUUGCGAGAAGCAGGACGCUCUGGUGGAACUCAGACUGCAGCUGGACGACAUGCGAGCCAUCCACCUGCAGCUCAGCCACAAGGCACAGAGCGCAGAGGCCGGCUCCAAACAGAAAUCUGAAGCCAUCAGUCGAUUGGAGGAGAAAAUAGACCAAAUGUCAGGGACCAUUAAACAACUGGAAACCAGAUGCAAACAGACGGAGAGAGAAAGGGAAGCGGCAUUCGAAGCCAACCGUCUCUUUAAGCUGGAGUUCGGAGACAAGAUCCAAAGUCUGCAGGAGGAAGUGGAGCUUCUGACCAAACAGAGGUCCAAACUGCAAAGUCAAAUCCGGAGACAGCAAGAGCAAAGAAGCGACCAAAGCAACGCUGUGCCCCGACAGCUGAGCACUCCUCAAAGGGAACGGAGGAGAACGGACACACUGGCUUCGAGCCUUCCCGAAGCGACGCUGGUGCUAAAGGGCAGUGAGCAGCAGUGUCUGUGCGGACAGGAGGACCGGACCAGUCUGAGCUCCAGUCUGUCUCUGUCUCAUCACGAGGACGAGCCGGACGAAUCGUUUCCAGAACCCGCUCGAGCUUCUGUUUGUAUCAAAUGUGAACAACACGACUCUCUGCACAAGGUCAAGACGCAGUGUAAAAACUGCUGCGGCGUCUUCUGUGAAAGCUGCGUGUCCAACGAGCUGCCGCUGCCCUCCUCCAUUCUCCCCGAGCGUGUGUGCAACGACUGCUACGGACUCCUGCUCCAACAGUACGCCUCCUCCCCCACAUGA